CUUGUUUGAAGAUCAUCAUCAUAUAGAUCCACAUGGAUAAUCCUAAAGCAUUGGAAGAAGGGUUAGGACGAGAAAAACAUGAUCAUCAUGUGGAUCAGAUUGAACAUGAUCAGAAAGAUGAUGAUCAGAAGAGUUUUAUCAAAGAUCAUGAUGAUCAGAAACCGCCCACCAAGCCUACAACAAAGAGGGUAGCCACUCUCGACGCUUUUCGUGGCCUAACAAUCGUGUUGAUGGUGUUAGUGGAUGAUGCUGGGGGAGUGUACUCUAAGAUUGAUCAUUCUCCAUGGAAUGGUUGCACCUUGGCUGAUUUUGUGAUGCCUUUUUUCUUGUUCAUUGUUGGUGUUGCUAUUGCCCUUGCCCUUAAGAAAAUUCCAAAAGUUAAAGAUGCAGUCAAGAAAAUCAUCUUAAGGACAUUGAAGCUUCUUUUUUGGGGAAUACUCUUGCAAGGUGGGUAUUCUCAUGCACCGGAUGAACUAGCUUACGGAGUUGAUAUGAAGUUUAUAAGAUGGUGCGGGAUUCUUCAGAGAAUAGCGUUGGUAUAUUUAGUUGUUGCUCUGAUUGAAACGUUUACUACCAAGCUUAGGCCAACCGAUCUUGACCGAGGUCAUUUCGCAAUUUUCGCGGCAUACAAAUGGCAAUGGUUGGGAGGCUUUAUAUCAUUUAUCAUUUAUAUGGCUGUGACAUUUGGACUUUAUGUACCUGAUUGGACCUUUGUGGUUCACCAAGGGCAAGGGGGUAUUUAUAUACCAGGGAAAUAUACAGUUAAAUGUGGGAUGAGAGGCCAUUUGGGACCGGCUUGUAAUGCGGUUGGUUUUGUGGAUCGAGCGGUUUGGGGCGUCAAUCAUCUCUAUUCCCAGCCUGUUUGGUCGCGUUUAAAGGCUUGCACGAUUUACUCGCCGGAUGCAGGAAAACUACGCGAUAAUGCACCAACAUGGUGCAUGGCUCCGUUUGAACCGGAAGGCUUGUUGAGUUCAAUUUCGGCGAUCAUGUCGGGCACCAUUGGAAUUCAUUAUGGACAUGUGUUGAUCCAUUUUAAGGGUCAUGGUGAGAGGCUAAAGCAAUGGGUAACAAUGGGAUUUGGAUUAAUUGUUAUAGCUAUCAUCCUUCAUUUUACAGAUGGCAUUCCAAUGAAUAAACAGCUGUACAGUUUCAGCUAUGUCUGUUUCACAGCUGGUGCAGCUGGACUUGUUUUCUCUGGAUUCUACCUUAUAAUUGAUGUGUGGGGGGUGAGGAUGCCAUUCUUGUUCUUGGAAUGGAUAGGGAUGAAUGCUAUGUUAGUUUAUGUGAUGGCAGCUCAAGGAAUCUUUGCAGCAUUCAUCAAUGGUUGGUAUUAUAAAUCUCCAGAAAAUUCACUGGUGCAUUGGAUUCAAAAGCAUGUUUUUAUUGAUGUUUGGCAUUCAAGGAGAUUGGGGACACUUUUGUAUGUCAUAUUUGCUGAAAUCACCUUCUGGGCUGUGGUUGCUGGUAUUUGUCAUAAGUUAGGAAUUUACUGGAAACUGUAAAAAAAAAAAAUUAUCUUUUCACUUCUGUUUGGCAGAUUUUUUUGAAAAAAUAUCUCUAUCUUUCACUUUCCAAAGGCUAAAUGGGCC